AUGAAGAACAACAAGCAGCUGGAGCCUUAUCAAGAUGAACAACAUGAUAUUGAAAUCCUCAAGGCCGUGGCUCAGGCUUGGCAUGGCCAUUCCAGCAGCCGUAGAACCACCGUUGAAUUCGACGCCCACCGUCUCAAUUUCAAGAACAAGCCGUCAAGAUUCAAGCUUGAAGCUAUGAGCAAGGCAACCUCCACGGAGUAUUAUGGUGGCAAAGAAAGCUGGGAUUUCAGCCAAUCCCUUUGGGAUUCUUAUGAGAUUGUUAACUUGACCAAGAAGUUAGAAGCUGGGCUGGCGCUAGACCCUUCAUUUUCUGGAUUGGAUGAAACAAUUCGCAUUGGGCAGAAGCGGAAAGAGAGUAAAAAUAGCUUAAGAAGUUUGUUCAAUAGGGUGUCUCCAAGAAGAUAUGAUGAAGCUGAUUUAACACCAGAUAACGAUGACUAA